CUUUGGAUUCAACAGAGAAAUGAUUGAAUGUUUGAAAAUCAAUGUUUCACUCAAUUUACGAAUCAAUUAAUCUUGUGAUCAUUGGUUUGCCAUUCAAUUAGAUCCACGCAUUGAGUCCAUACACCACGAGAAUCCAUGGCUGAAGACUUCGAGCUCUUGUUCUUCGACACCUUCUCGCAAACGGAUGGACCCGAUGGACCAAAUCUGGGUUUAGUUCAGUUCCCGAAUCCCAUUAUCAUUAAAGAGAUUCGUGUCAUACCAUUGGGCGCCAGAGUUGAGGCCGACUUUCCCGGAGGUCUUCGGUUGGGAGCCACAAAUCCGUCGUCUUUUGAACUCGAGUUCUUCAUCAACGAUCUGACCAAAGGAAACGCCUGUACUUUCCUAGACAUCGGAUGUCUGGAUUAUCAGCAAAACGUGAGCAUUAAGUUUGUGCCCAAAGAGUUGAUCCCAACGGAUGGACUGAUAUUGCGAGGGAUGUAUAGCACACUAACCCUAUCGGUGUUCGGAUGUAUUGCAGACAUCUCUCGCAUUAUAGCCGAUGACACACAACAGGCGUCUGAUGUCGUGUCCGACCAUGUCUUCAAAGAAGAGACUAAUUUUGUGGAUGAGUUGCCGACGGAUUGUCUUUCAAUUAGUGAUAGUGUUUGCGACCGAAUCGAUGAGUUAAAAGUGAACCAAAUAAUUAAGACUUUGACGGAAACCAGUGAUGACUCGUAUAAAAAGAGACGGUCGCCCACUCUCUCCCGAAAGGGCGACAGACAUGAGAGUCGGGCCUCUUCUCAGUGCAGUGACAUCAGUGACCGCCGCAAGAGAGACAAACCCAUUGAGAUAAUCACUCAACGAACUCAUCACAGAUUCCGAGACAAUAAGACACAUCAUAACCGGAAAUCUUCGUACGUUUCCAAACGCAAGAGUCGCAGCAGAAGUAAGUCCAAGAGUCGCAGCAAUACUCCCAACUCUCUGAAGCGCCGUUACGUUCAUCGGACGCCUUCAUCUCCUUUCGACAAAUCCCCCAAAAGAUCGCCGAAAAGGUAUUACAGAUCUCCUCCGAGAAGGCAUCGGUCGCCGUCCGUAUCAUCGCAUUCGCCGCUCCAUUCAAUUAAGACUAUAUCCAACUCAUCGCUGUCCCCACCGUCUCGCCCGCCCUCCCCUUCCCGUCACCGAUCACUCACCAAAUCUCCGCUUUUGGCCGCUUUUAACCGAUUGGAGUCCAAUGACACUAAAGAAGUGAACAAAACUGAAGUCAAACCAAUUGAUGACAGUUUGGCAUUCGAGGACUCGGAACUGUUUGAACCGCUCUCUCCCGAAGACUCUCUUUCGGAAAUUGCAGAGAAGAUAUCAGACGACGAAAACUUGGAUCAAAUCAUCGGCGAAGACGCCGUGUCUGACAGUCAGUCGAAGGACGACUUCGAAGAGAUUAGUAGUGAAGAAGAAUAUGAAGACUUUCCUUCAAACGCUGAAAAUGACUUAUUAAUGGAUUUCUCUGAAUACGAUUUGAGCUCUUACUCAGACUUCGGUGCUUUCAAUCCAUUUCAGUGUGAGUUCACAGCAUUGCAAUCACUAAGAGAUCCGUCGCUCUCUAACUUUGAUUUGUCUGAAAUGAGUGACACUUUUGAAUCGGCGAAUGAGUCGAAAGUCAUUGAUUUAGUGAAUAGUGUGGAAGACAUACGAAAUGACAAAUGGGUGGAAGUGGUCGAACAGAUAUCCAUUGAAAUCAAUAAGUGUUUAAUUAAAGAUGAAUUGCUUAUAAAGACAUUAAUCGACUUCGUUGUCGACGGAAUUGACUUCGAGUUAGCGAUGAAACAGAUGAUCACUGCUUAUAAAGUGCGGCACAUGAAGGCCGGCAUUAAAUUAUUGAUAGCAUUGUCACAGACAUCGGAACAAAUACUUAACAAAAUACUUGAUCUCAAUUUGACGCAUACGUUGCUUGAACUGUAUAACCGGCCGUAUAUGACAAUACCUGUGCGUCUCCUCAUCAUUCGCGGCAUUGAUGUCAUCUGCGACUGGCCUUCAGGUGUGGAGCAUAUCCUUGAUGGCAAACCCACUGCAAGUCAAACGUGUUAUCAAUUAUUGCUCGACUUAUUAGUGGAGAAGCCCUCGACUCGAAUCGUCGUUUCGUUGACCUCUUUGUUAAAAAAGAUUCAUUUGUUUGAAAUCUUGAAGUAUUUGUCAAAAGCCUGUGAAGAGCCCAACACUGAGCCGUCAAACGAGGACUCGAUUGCUAUUUGUUUGAACGAAAUUUCGAUGACUUAUAAAAAUGCAAACAAUUUGUUGAGUCAACCCUUUCGGUCACUGCCGACGACCAAACAGUUUGAAAUGAAGACAUCGCCGUAUGAUUCAUAUAAAGCUGUUUAUAAAUACUUCAAACGAAACAAUACAGUCGAGUGUCUGACGAGCAUUCUCUCGGCAAAGAGUAACUGUUCGGCCGAUGCCUUCGACAGCGCUUUGGAUCUAUUGAACUCAUUGUCGAACGCCAGCCACGGCUUAAGAUUCCUUCUCAGUUGUGAUACAAUCAACUCAACCAAUAAUUUAUAUAAAAUACUGACACAACAGUGCGAUGACUCUGAAACCCCAUUGCAAACCAUUGCCCUUAAACUGAUCUACAGAUUACAAGUCUUGCAAUUAAUUGAUUUGAUAUUUGGGUUUCAUAUAACUCACGAACGAUCAAAGACUGUCACCUUUAAGGACAACUUCGACGACCCCGACCUCGUGGCCACACUUCACAGUCUCUAUACAAUGCUAUUUACGGGUAUCGGUAGAGACGCUGUGGUUCACGUUCUCACCUCUGAGACCAAUUUCGACGCAAUCCUACCAUUCAUUUGUUUGGCCGGCGAUAAGGAGAAGGAAUCAAUGAUUUCUAAAUUGGUUUCGUGUGGAUGUGCUCUUGAGCUGUGUUUAGUCUCUUUGCAACUCAUUGAUGCCAAUCUUAUGACGUUUUUGGACUCUUAUGGACAGAUACUAUUGAAAGUCUGCGAAAACGAGUCGAUCCCUAAACUGCAAGCCAUCGCAAACUGGUUGAGUCCUAUCAAAAACGUCUCAUACAAUCUGUACACCGAAAACACGUUUAAAACUCUAAUGUCUGUCAUUAAAAAGCAUUACGAGUCGGUCCGCGACUCACCGGAUAACUCAUUGUUCACAAUAAGCCCCGAACUGAUCACUACAUUAAGAAUUCUUCAAACUCUAUGUCUGCCCUCAGAAUCAGUCUCUGAAAUGGAUAUACAAUUGAAGUACAGAUAUGCUAUCAUUGAAAUCUUAUCGUUUGAUGACUUUACAGACAUCUCUCCGAUUCCAGUGUUAUUACGAUUGUAUUCAGUGUUGGCAUUAGUGCCGACCUCCGCGCCCACACAACUGCUGAUCGUAUCGAUUGCGCAACAGAUUCAGUACGAAAUCAGUGAAAUACUUCUCAUUUAUACGGAACUGUAUAUCAGUGGCAGUGAAUCGGACGAAGCCAUCAACAAAAGCGUUUGGACUAAAAUGGCUAAACAUGUCAUCGAUUACACCCUCUCAUCGCCGCUCACUUUCAUUCACGGACUGACACUCUUGUCUGAUGUGUUGCCCCAACCCUUACCACUACUAGUGAAGCAACCGAUGCUCAACCAUGAAGUACUCAAAACUGUGAACUUUCGCAAGUUAUGGUCAUUACAUCUCCAUGUGCUCAACGACCGCAUCGAAGAGUUGGUCUCCAAUUUCAUAACAAGUAAUUUACAACCGAUUCAAAUACUGUUGAAAAGAGUUUGCAUCCAAUUGUGUGAUUUGUCGGCGCUUACCGUCACAACUGUCGCCAAAUCUAUUUUCGAUUCUCUCGUCUCAAGUCUCGAAACAUUUCAUUAUUCGACAAAUGAUUUGCGAAAUGUUGUCAUUUGCCCGACGGUUCGCAUAUUGAAUGUCAUUCAAGACUUAUCGACAAACAUUCCGUUUAGAAUCGGUUUUGUCACUCAUUUGAGGAAUAGUAUCCAAAAGGAGGAUAAGAGUGCACCGAUUCUGACACGACUUCAAUCCGUAUUCAAUAAAACCGUUCAAAUCAAUUCCAAUGAAUUCAUAAAUUUUAUACUUCAGCCCAACGCAGACAGUGAUGUGUUGACUCCUGAAGUAAACAAUGCGAACACAACUGAUGUGAACAACAAAACGGAAAACAAUUCAAACGAAACAAAUGUUUUGAAUACAGAAUCUCUGAGCAAUUACUUCGCCAAUCGAUCGGUGUUUGUCUUAGAAGACGACCCAUUAGUUCCCGAAUGGCUUUCGGUGGCGACCGAUGAGUCGGAACAAAUAGAUUCGGCGGACGCCAUGAAAAUGGAUUUAAUAGAGCUCUCGACUAAGUAUUUCGGCGCCGAAUUCGACAUUCGGGCCAAUCUUGAGAAGUAUUGGUCGGAACCGAUGAGUGAAACCCAAAGCAAAGAGAACGACAUCUCAGAGAAGACGCUUCAGUUGCCAUUCAUAAGAAAUACUCCCAAAGAGAAUGUCGUGAAUCUGAACAAACGAAUGCAAGGGUCCAGAGGUAGGGGCCGAUCGUUCACGAGACUGAACGACCCGUUCCGGUCGCGACCGCCCAACACGUCCCGACCCCCGUCUAUGCACGUCGAUGACUUCGUGGCACUCGAGCGCAACGAUUCCAACCCUAAGAGGACUAAUAAUAAAGAGUUUAUUCGUCAGAACAACAGAGGAAUGAACGCAACGAUGCGCUCUUUCGGCCCAAACCAGCGCUCAUCCAAUGGUAACACUUAUAGACAGUCGCCUUCGAGUGCCCGCAAUGUCACCGAUCGAUACAAUUCACGCGAUUUGUACGCCUUGUCCUCAAAUCGUGUCAAUAAAUCGGAUUCAAAUCUACCGCUUCGGUGGACUAAAAUCGGUGCAAAUCGAUAUGACUUUCGUUACCCACAAUAUCCCCGAUCAUUUAAUCCCCGUUAA